CAGCCCGGGAUAAACCUCACCCUGAGCCACCGACCGACCGAGGCCCGCGGCGGCGAGAGACGCUCCGCUCCUGCCACGAGAUGUUGCUGCCCUCGGCGCCCAAGGCCGUGCUCUGCCUGGCUGCCCUGAUCGUCUCCUCUGACUGGAUCCCCCUGGGAGGGGUCGGGGGUCAGCGCGGAGAUGACGUGACUCAGGAGACGUUCACCGACGACCCCAAUUUGGCCAAUGAACCUUACACGGGUGGACACGGGAGGGCUCUGGCCGACAUCCAGCCGUCCACGGACGACCUGGCCUCCGCCGGGGACCGGAACGCCUCCGCGGAAUGCAGGGACGAGAAGUUCGCGUGCACCAGGCUCUACUCGGUCCACCGCCCCGUCAAGCAGUGCGUCCACCAGGUCUGCUUCACCAGCCUGCGGCGCAUGUACGUCAUCAACAACGAGGUCUGCUCACGCCUGGUGUGCAAGGAGCACGAGGCCAUGAAAGACGAGCUGUGCCGGCAGAUGGCUGGCCUGCCCCCCCGACGCCUGCGCCGUUCCGGCUACUUCCGUCUCCCCCCCUGCGACUCCGUGGACGCUGCCCCACCGGGCCCACGGCCUCUGACCCCCCCCCCGAGGGAGGGAGGGAGGGAGGGGACCCCGCUCCCGGUCCCCCGGCCCGGUCCGCCCCACCCCAUCUCCAGGCCCUGCCGGGCUUCGCGCCUGCCUCUCUUGAUCCCGGACCUGACCUCGGCGAUCCCCACCCAGCACCCCGAGAUAUAAACCCCCCACCGCGUCCUGACUCCCGCACCAGCUCCCACGGCUUCCCGAAAGGAUCGCAGACACGGG